AUGAGAAGACCUUGAUGAAGCAUUAAUGAUCAUAUCCGUUUUCCCGAGUCAAAAUAUGAAUAGCGCUACAAAUUUCGGCCACCAUUACCACCACCGUCACGCCGCCUUCAUCAUAGGAGGAGCGAGCUGUGCCGCGGCCGCGUUGCGUUGAACGGUUGAAGAAUGACACGGACACGGCUAACAGCUUCCCGUCACUCUUAUCAUCUUUGAUGAUGGGCAAGCCGCCAUUUCUGUCGAUUAAAUUCGCCGUGGUUCUCUCCUUUUCUCUGGCCGCCACCGCCUCGUCCACGUCACUCUUCUUCCCCAGACCCAAGCCCCAAAAGCAUUCUACCGUCUCUAUACCCAAAGCCAACACCAAAGACUUGCUGGCUCUUCUGGGCUCUCCCCAACAGGCUGCUUCUGUCAAUGCCGAAGAAGCUCAGAAACUGAAAUCUUGUUUCAAGUUCCUAGUACCGUUUUCGCCUCCCGCUAGACCCGGCAUUAACGACCCUUUUCGACGUUCGCUCAAUUUUCGUAAAUCUUUGAGCAGUGAUCAUAGCGGAAGAGGAGUGAGAGACUGGGAACGCGAUAAUGAGCUAAUAUGGUGGCCGCCAGCCCCGGUUAUGGAGCUUGCUCGUCUUGCUGUUGACUCUGGUGGCGAUCCCGGUGCUAUUCAUAGAGCUCUUGAUCCUACUCCUAUCAAGGUACCAGAUGUUGAAGGAUCAAAAGAAGAUAAAUGUGAGCUCACAAGAACUCCUUAUGGUUGGCGCUUUAUAAAUGAGGAGUUGAAUUCAUACCUAAAAUUUUUAUUUGAAAUGAUUGUUGCUCGGGGUCCGAACGUAGGACUGAAUGUCUCAUUAAACCGCUAUGACUUCUUUCACGGCCACCUUUUUAUUGCUGUGGACUCUGGAAGACUUGGGAUUUUGUUCCAUGCCAAAGAAUACCCUGCCUACGAGAAAGAGGUGUUUCCUUACAACAUGGGUUAUUGCCAGAUUGGUUCUAAUGUUACUUAUGACGAUUCAAUGAAUUUGCGUAACAUCCUGUGGCUAGCCCCUUUGCCAAGUAAUUCCACAAAAACGUGGUUGGCGCCUGGAGUCCUUGUGGUAUUAGAUGCCCAUCCAGAAGGAAUCAUUUAUCAGGACCUCAUUCCUGAAUAUGUUAAGUUUGCAAGGACUCUAUAUGAAGAGGAUUUUGGGGAAGUUGUAGUUGAUGUUAACUACCUAAAUGUGGGAGCUGAAGUGCCAAAAUAUCAACUCUUCAUGUGCUGACACCUUCUGAAGUAUUAAAUUCUGCAUACCAAAGAAAAUGAUCAAGCUUCCUGUUUGCAAGUUCAAUUGCUUCAGAAUGUGAUGGACUAGCAACCUCCCACCCCAUUUCACUGGAUGACUAUCUACGCAUAUCUUUCUGUUGUUUCUGAUAAUGAAACAAAAUUAUACGCCUUCCAUGCGUCCAGAUCAUGGCUGGUGAAUGUGUUACUGUCCUUCAAAGUCUCUGUCAUUUAUGAUGAGGGUGCAGCAAGCGUUUCUUGCCUCUUCUUGUUAAAAUGAGAACAAAUCCAAAUCCAUUGAUGAUUAGUUCUCUCUCAUUGGACAUUGCAUGAAAGAAUAGGCGUACUUGAAUCCAAUUGUUCAUGUCUGAUGUCUCCAUAACAGUUCCACUUUUUCUGGAUGGUGUAUUUUGAACGUCUGUAGUGUGAAUUGUACAAUUUAAAGUGCAAAGUUUUUCUCUUC